AUUUCAGGCGUCCAUUUUCAAUUUAUCUUCGAACGCCGCUCGACGUGUUCCUCCGUGUUGCGUGUGUCUGCGUUGGCGUUGCGUUGUCGUUGUCGUUGACGUUGCCGUUGUCGUGAGAAGCGUGAAGCCGUGCCGUCGGCGAAGUUUGUUAUUAUUACCUGGCACACCUGGCCGGAGCCGGAGCAGCAAUAAAUUGGAAUCGCGCGCGUUUUCCAUCGCGUUUCGUUGGUGCUACGCAAUCCGCAGCAAUCCUGAAAUCCUGAAUCCCGCAAAAAAAAACAAACUAUAAAUAUUUUGUCUGUGAAUCGUAGUCGAUCGAUCGUAGUGUGCAUGAAAGCCGAUAGGUUCUGCAGAGGAAGGGGAUUUUCUUGCCGAGGGGAUCCCGUCGAUCCCCCUCGUAUACCACACCACUUGCCACUUGCCGUCGCAAACACACAGUCCCCCAGACAAACAAGCCACACUUUCAACAAAAUUUCAUUUGUUCAUCUCUAGUAACGUAGUAUGUAGAAGCAGCUGUGAUAAAUAGUGCGCAUAUUAUACGAAGAAGCAAAAGAGUAUACGACAAAGCAACUACCCUAACAUCAAACUAACUAACUACUAGUAACAUCGAGGAGAGGAGAACCGAAGUCAAGUCACAGGUUACGCCAUGGAUUUAUGACAACAAACCACUGGAGAGGGCCUGUAAUGUUGCAACAACCAUACACCAGUAUACCAAGGACACCCAGCAACAGCAACCUACACAUUGUAUACGAUUUUGUAACCAAACAAGUUAUAUGUAAAUAAUAAUUGUAAUAAAAACAAAAGCAAAAACAUUCAAGAACUAAACGAUCUCCCGCUAAGCAAAAAAAAAAAAUAUCGAUAAUCGCGCGCGUGACAACUACAACUACAACAAGUAUACAAACGUAAUAAUAUUAAUAUUUUUAACAAAUGUGCCUGUGUUAAGAAAGAAUCAAGAAGAAGCAAAGCAUACAAAUCUCACAAGCUUCAAAAAUCCAAAAGUGCAAAAAAAAAAGAAAAACAAAAAUCCAAUCUAGAACUGAGAACCGAUUUCGGGACUCCACAUCGAGUACAGUGCUGACUCCCUAAGACAGAACGCAGAAGAGCAGAAGAAGAAGCGGCGGAGCGGGACGUCGAUUUGUGUGUUGCGCCCCCAUCUGUUGUUCCUGCUCCAAAAGUGGCACAAAUCGGGUUAGACGUCGCUCCCAGAGCAUUAAUGGCUCAGCCCAGGUACGACGAUGGCCUACACGGCUACGGCAUGGACUCCGGAGCUGCUGCAGCGGCCAUGUACGACCCACACGCAGGCCACAGACCGCCCGGCCUGCAGGGCCUCCCCUCGCACCACUCUCCGCACAUGACGCACGCCGCCGCGGCGGCGGCCACAGUGGGCAUGCACGGCUACCACUCCGGGGCCGGGGGACAUGGAACACCUAGUCAUGUAUCGCCGGUCGGUAAUCACCUAAUGGGCGCAAUACCCGAAGUACACAAACGUGAUAAGGAUGCGAUUUAUGAACAUCCGCUAUUCCCGCUAUUGGCGCUGAUCUUCGAGAAGUGCGAACUUGCCACAUGUACGCCGAGGGAGCCCGGGGUGCAAGGUGGCGAUGUCUGUUCGUCCGAAUCGUUCAACGAGGAUAUUGCAAUGUUCAGUAAACAGAUAAGAUCACAGAAACCCUACUAUACCGCAGAUCCCGAAGUCGACUCACUGAUGGUGCAAGCAAUACAAGUACUUCGGUUUCACCUUUUAGAGUUAGAAAAAGUACACGAAUUAUGCGAUAACUUCUGUCAUCGGUAUAUAUCGUGUUUAAAGGGUAAAAUGCCAAUAGAUUUAGUGAUCGACGAACGGGACACCACCAAACCACCGGAGUUGGGUUCGGCGAACGGGGAGGGCCGGAGCAAUGCCGAUUCCACGUCGCACACCGAUGGAGCUAGUACACCAGACGUUCCCAGCACCCAAGACUUUUCACCGCUGGAGGAGACCUAUGCGAGCUAUCGCAUCAAGCACGAGGCGGACUUCUAGUCCCCCGUCCCCACAAUAUACGCAGAAAACCUAUCUUAUAUAGACAUAACGCUUAGCCAUGUAGUUUGUAACUAAAUCCAGUCUAGGCUGCGCUUAAACUAAAUCACAUUAAGUGAUGAGAGAGGACAAACGCUAAGAGUAUAGUUAAUUCCUAGAACUUGUAUUCAUACUUCUUCGCUUAGUUUAUUAUUUUUAUCCUUGUUUUUGGGAAUUUUCACUUUUGCAAAACUUGUAUACGAUUUUUCAAAAAACAAAACGUCCUUUAUCCUUUCGCGUGUUCGACAACACUGGAAAGAACUUGCCAAAUAACAAGAAAAAAAUUAAAAAUAAAAAAUAUUGAAAGCUAAACAUUGAAGUUUUCAAAAACCUUUUUAUUUUUGACUCUCAUCUUCAUGCAACGCAUAUACGUAAAAAGAGAUACCAGAAAAGAAACCCAAACCUGAGUUCAAAUGCAAAGUAUACGAAUAAAACUUUAUUGUUUAUUAACAAAAAAAAAAUAUAGAAAAUCGAAAAAAAAAUUAAGGUUAAUUUAAUUAAUUGAGGAUUGCCACGCGCCUAUACGAACGACAUUUUAAAUGAGCCGAGAACAUUGAUAUACGUAAAGCAACAACUUAAACUAAAAACUUUAAGCAUUUACUAAAGAAAUCGAGAAUAACUACGCGAUACUACUAUUAUUAAACAAGUACGAGCGGUGGAAGCUUCGUGCAAUUCAAAAAGGAGAUCCUAGGACCCUCGCCUGGGACUCCUUCCCCAUUGUAUACUAUAGCGUACGUUAUAUAGUUCUUAGUCAGGUCCAGACUCCAACUUAGCAGACGCAGUCAGAGGGUUUCGGGUGUGCGAAGAAUUCUUCUGCCGAGGAAACUCCUACUGCUUGUUUCUACUACCAUUUUGAGUUGUAGACCAUUACUAAACAAACAAAAUAAACGCAAAAUACAAAAAUGUACUUAACUCGAGCUGCGAGCAGUAGUUCAGCUAUAUGGGCAGUCAUUUGUAUACCUAGACCAUAGUCGGGCCGAUUCCCACGGCUUAUACAUAUAGCUACCUAACUAAACGACAACAACGUGAAAGCUUUUGUACUAUUUUUUCAACCUAAACUUUCUUGCAAAACUAAAGGAAAUUUGCAAACAAAAAAUUAACCUAGUUGUUGUACUUUGUCUCAAAAAAUAAAUCUUGCAUGUAAGAACUAAAAUUAAACUCGACAAAAAAAAAUAAUGAAAAAGAAAAAGUAUAAAAAAAAACCGCUGUAAUUAUCUGAUAAUUUUUUGUUGGCAUAUUUCGCUGAACUUUAGUUAAUAAUUGAAACAUUGUUGCACAAACGGGAGAGAAAAGGUCCUUGUUUUGUAUAAUUUAAUGUGCUAAUGUGCUUUUAAACUUCGUUAGAAACAUUUAUUUUUUACUGAAUGUUUUGCUGCCAAAAAGGUUACGAAAUCACGAAGAGCAAACUUUUGUUGUUGCAUUGUAAAAAAAAAAACGAAACACACAAAUACUGAAACUGAAAUACGUAAUUGCUUUAGGUGAUAUUUUAUAAAAAUAUAACACAAGUAAAAUAAUAAUAGUGAGCAAGAAUAACUUUAGAAAUGAUGCAGAAUAUAUAUACGUAAUUAUGUUUUAAAAUCAACGGAAGGCGCUUUUUUGCUUUUUGCUAUUUUUAAAAUAUACAUAUUCUUGUAUAAAGAAUUGAGAACAUAAACUAAUUAUCACAAUAAUUUGAGCAUACCUUUCUACAAUUAUUAUUAUUAUUAUUGUUUUUUACAAAUACAAAUUUUAUUUAGUUUUUAGCAAAAUUGUAAAAUGAACUAAAUGUUAUAAGAGAGAUAAUGAGGAGAGAAACGCAAUCAAAAAUUAAGAGAAAAGCAAACUAAAAUAUAAAUCCAACAUGAAACCAACCAACAACUUCUAUACGAUAUACGAAUACAUUUUAAUGUAAUAUUUUUAAUUAUUUAUAUGUAUACUAAUAAUAUAAUUAAAACAAGGAAAACAAAACCCAGAUGGAUUAAGUAAAACAAAACUACAGAGUAACGUUUAAAGAGUUAGCCAAUAAAUAUAUGAAACAAACAACAAACAAAAACGACAAAAAAAACCAAAAUAUAUUUGAAAAGUAUAAAACAAA